ACAAGAGCUGUGCUUUAUGACAAAACAGUUUCUGGUCCGGACUGAUAAUGUCGAACGAUGAGAAAGUUUUGGAGAUGGACGAUGCCGAUAAGGAAUGGCCCGUACAAAUGAAAGGGGAAGGAGGCUUAAAAAGUCAACAUAAAAGAAAGCUUAUGAACAGUACCGGGGAUCAGACAGACUAUAUAACUCAGCUGAAGAGGUUCCUGUGUAUCGGAACAACAGGCGGGACAUAUUACGCGGGAGAGGUCGAGCUGAUCAAGGAAAACGCACGCUGCAUUGAUAGGUUAAUAAACAGCAAAAAAGGCAAAGAUGUGGUAGAGCUGGUUCGUGAGUUCAAUGUAAAGAACCGAGCAUGUAAACAGGGACCAAUUAUCUACACAUUGGCGCUCUGCUGUCGUUCAAACGACCUCACAACUUAGGUAGAGGGUUAUAAAAUUCUGUCUGAUGUAUGCCGAAUCCCAACACACCUAUUCGAAUUCAUUAAGCACUGUAAGGAAGAGAGCGCAGGAGCAGGAUGGGGGCGUGCGCACCGCCGCGCCAUAUCUAACUGGUACUUUAAUUACGGGAAGAAGGGAGAGGCGGAAAAUCUUGCUCGUCUUAUGACGAAGUACAAGAAUCGCUUUGGUUGGAGCCAUAAGGAUAUUUUCCGGCUCUGUCAUAUUAAACCGGACCCCGAACAUCCCGAGAUCAAUUACCUGAUCAUGGUUACCACUGCAGGAAAGAAGAAAACAGAGAUAGAUUUUAAAGAAGUUCAUGACAACCCCGAACUUGAAAAGGUGAGGACCUUUAUGGAUGCAGUAGCUCGAGCUGAACGUUGUAGGGAUGUAGAAAUCAUGAAACGCUUAAUACUGGACCAUAAUUUAACACGUGAACAUGUACCUACUGAUUUGUUGAAGUCAAAGGAGGUAUGGAAAGCUCUGAUCAGACAUAUGCCUAUGACAGCGAUGAUAAGGAAUCUGGGUAAAAUGUCCCAUUUAGAACUUUUGGAGCCAGGAACUUUUGAGGAGACGCUGACUAUUCAGAAACUGACAAACCCAGAGUUACUUAAACACGGGAGAAUCCAUCCAUUCACACUUUUGGUAGCUUUGAACCAGUACAAGAAAAGUCAUGGAGAGCUUGGAAAGAUGAAAUGGAAAAAGAAUGUCAACAUAGAAAAAGCUUUAGAGGAUGCGUUUUAUCUGUCAUUUAAGAACGUGGAGCCCACCGGAAAAAGAUUCUGUCUGGCUGUUGAUGUCAGUGGGUCCAUGAAUGUUCCCGUAAUGGGUACACCAACCAUUUCUGUACGUGACGCUGCAGCAGCUAUGAUAAUGGUCACCGCUCGUACGGAGGAAAAUUAUGAAGUGGUAGCUUUCUCGGACAAACUCACCCCGCUGGAUAUCAAAUCUUCGGACAACCUACACAAUGUCUUGGACAAAUGCGCCUCACUGCCCGUCGGCAAUUCCGACUUUUCUAUGCCCAUGCUGUACGCCAUGGAACAAAAUAAGGAAUUCGACAUAUUUAUCGUCUACACAGAUUCUGAAACCUACUUUGAAAAAGGUGAUACCUCAAAGACCCUUGUUAAAUACCAGCAGAUAACACAUGCCCGACUGAUCGUCUGUAGAAUGGCCAGCAAUAAGUUCACCAUCACUGAUCCUAAUGAUCCCAUGAUGAUGGACAUCGUUGGUUUCGAUACAAAUGCACCACAGGCUAUCAACGAAUUUGUCAUGGGACAUAUUUAAUUUGCCAUUUUGCUUGAUAUAUUCUAGAGUGGUAAUUUUAA